AUGUCAAACCGACAGCCAUGGAGCCAGUCAGCCACCCUCAGCUCACCAACCGACUCUCAGCCCAGUCCACAUCAAGUCCAGCUCAAUAGGGCUGAUCCUGACAUUCGCGCGGCGAAGGUCCAAUUCAACUUGCCUGGCUGUCCCAAGAGAGUCCUCCUCGACGUUCAAUGGCACCCAACAAGCAGAAGCGGUGCGUUUAGAUUACGGACAAGGUCCUCUUCGACCAUUAACAAUCUCGAGAAAGCCAUCUUUAUCUUAAUCUUCUCGGACAAGGUUCAGCAUCUUUCGCUGCACCCGAUUUCCGACCCUGUCCAAGGAGGCCACACUCAUGUCCUGCAUUUCGACUUCAAGUCACCCCCGACCUUCGUCUCCCCAACCAAGAAACUGGACGGCGUGUACCCCGAUUCCAACGAGACCAUCAACUUGGAAGUUCUUCUCGAACUUGGCCAACCUCCCAACAUUGGAUCUCCCACUUUAUCUGGCGACGGCCGCUACGGCUUCCACCACCAAGACGAACUUGACCGUGCUGGAGGACAUGUGCAAAGCCUUCGAGGAUGCCAACGGCAUGCAUUCAAUUCUGUCCUGCCUCAUGAUCUCGACACUUUACAAUAUGCUAACCCGCCCGACUAUGCCUCGUCGCGGAAACGUCCUGCUUCGCAUCCCACUGCAUCGCAACCAGGCCCGAGACAGCGUCCUCGCCUCGAUAGCCAAGCCAAUUCGCCUCGUUUCCACGCCGACCAACACCAAACAGGCCUCGACCGGUUCGAGGAACUGAGUCGGCGCAUUGACACCGUGGCUGAGCAAAUGGAAUCGUCCCGCGCUUCCACGGAUGCUCGUCUGCGAUCCUUGAUAGAGAGCCGUACGGACAUUCAGUCACAACGGCACCGGACAUUGACCGAUGAAGUCGACGCUCAACGAGCUCGGUUUGACGUUGUGCUAGCCAGGUCCGAUACCCGUCUCCGAUCGCUGACGGGUCAGGUCGACUCCAUGCGAGCGCUUGCAGAAACUCGGGCGUUGCACCUCCAAGCCUUGAAUGAGGGACUGCGUUCCGACCUUUCGAGGCGACUCGACUUUCUGACGGGGCAAAUACAAAGCCAAAAUGCCGACUUUACACGCCUGAUCGAUUCCUUGGCGGAACGAGUAAGCUAUCUCGAGGAGGACGUCCGGUCGACCAGCGAUCUCGUCCGCCUCAACCAGCGUCGUCUCCACAGCGUAGAGGCCGAACUUGGUAGUAUUCUCAACCGUAUAGGGCGUGGCGACAUUUUUAUUGGAGAGGAUCUGAAUCGACAUUCGAGAAAGAGGAUCCGUCGAAGCCCAGACGCCUCUCACGACGGAAUUUGA